AGAUAUAGCUAUGGAUUCAUGUGUAGUUUAUCAGGCUUCAAGCCGGAUAUACGCAAAAUAGAGGAGCCACAAUACCUAAGAAAGAGCCAUAUUAAUAGGCACCCAUACAGUUUCUUCUAUGAUUAAGGAAACCUCAAUAGGACGGUCCUUGAAUUUGCAAUUUUCCUCAAUCCCCAUAGCACAUGGGCCUGAGUAUUAUGGCUUUCGCGCAGACAUAUAUAUAUAUAUCUAAUAUUGGUGAUGUAUGAAUCAUACCAUAUCACUUUUGGCAGACUUUCUAAAUGCUACCAAUGCGUGUUAAGCAAGCUUUUGAGUAGAGAAGGGCUUCUCGAAGCCAUAUAAGUUAAUAAAGGGGUGAUAAGAUGAUACAAAUGUCUGGGGAUGCGUCUUAGAUAUGAAAAGUGGAGUACAGAAUAGUAACUUUGGUCGCCAAAUCGCGGUUGCAGUUAGCGUCACACUAUUUCCUUUUAUCGAGCUGCCUAAGAAUUCUAAACCAGUUUUUUGAUAGUUGUAUAUGCGGUUAGCUCUAUCAGUGAAUUAGAUGCAGUGAGUACAUGUAUUUCAUUUUCAAUUGACAAUGUUAAUGGCCAUGAGUUCUCCGUACUUUCAUCUUCUUUUAAAUGCGGCAUUCUGUUGGUAUUCGGCUUUUUCCGCAGAAAAUGUCGUCUUGCAGACUUUACAUACAGUAGUAAAACUGCGAUAAGUUUCUUAUACUGGGAGCACAGGAGAUGAGGUUAUUUCCUCUUAAAAUAUUAAUAUUUUCAUGGGGGACAGCUCAUAUAUGUUUACAUAUGGUCGCUUGAAGUCAUCACUGUCUAGACGGUUGGAUAGUUCAGUAUUGAAUUCAUCUUCCUCAAUCUUGCCUUGCUGUUAUGCUUUUUCUUUAAUGUUCUUCGAAGCUGCCAUUUAUUUUUUUACUAAAUAAAUAUUCACAUCUUAUGAUUACUUUUUCUCAUUAGAAUUAAAAAUUUAUUGUAAUAGAGGCAACGACUUUAGGUAUACAUUUGUGCACGGGAAAUACUGAAAUAUUCAUUUUUUUUUUCUGAAGGUUUGAAGUGUAAAUUUUUGAACAAGCAGUUCAGAAAAUUAAAGAAAUAUACGAUAUGCGUUCAUUAUAUUCCCUCCGUUAUUGCUCACUUAUUUCAUCCGCAGCUCUUUCUGUGGCAUCCCGAUCAAUCUACAGCAAGCUUGUCGAGGAUCACUACAGUAACCCAAGAAAUGUUGGAAAACUUGAUAAGAACGAUCCUAAUGUUGGCACUGGACUUCGCGGGGCUCCGGAAUGUGGGGACAUGACUCAAAUGCAAAUAAAGGUAAACCCCGAAACGCUUGUUGUAGAAGAUGUAAAGUUUAAGGCCUUUGGCUGUGGCAGUGCAAUAGCCGCUUCUUCAUAUGCUUCGCAAGCGAUACGUGGUAAAAGUGUGGCGGAUGCAUUAAAAUUGACGAAUAAACAAAUUGCACAGGAGUUGUCAUUGCCACCCGUAAAGCUGCACUGUUCCAUGUUAGCCGAGGAGACUAUCAAUGCGGCAGUCGAGAAUUACCUUUCUAAGAAUCCGACCUUGAAGAGUAAGAUGAAGAGGGACAGCAUCGCAAACGCAGAAAAGGGCAAUAAGCAUUAAGAGAACAGUCGAAACGAAGUUAAGACCUCCCUUAUUGUUUUUGUUUGAUUUCCAUUUCCUUACGUGAUUUUCUGCAUCAGAAUUAUAGUUUUAAAAAUUCACCACUACAGUUGCUAUAUGCAAUAAUUUUUGUACGCAUUUUUGCAUUUUAAAAGUCUUCGCAUAAUAUGCUUUAUUAUUUAGUCAGCUCCAUGAUUUUUCACAUUUUUUGGAUGUUUUAUUGUUUUGUAUUGCCCUUAAUUUACUUACAUUGAAUGAUCAUAAUUGAAGGAUAAAUAUCUGUAGUGCCAAGUGCUGACUUGAUCCGCAUUAUGCUAUCAUUUCUAAUUAGGCACUACAAGUAUUCUUUAAGCACGAUGGAGUUGAUAUAUUUAUACACAUUAAAAAAAGGAAAAAUGGACGAAAAGGACCAAUGAAAAUAACAGAAGGCACAAUAUAUGUGCUUUCUACUUAAAUCUAAUAUAUAAUUUUUUUCAUGAAAAAUCGUAUUUUACUCACUAUGCAUGCUUUUGCUUUACUCCUGUGUACCUACUGUAGUAUAAUAACCGUCGAAAUUAGGUUAGUUUUUUUAUGAUAUCAGUGAAGUCUUGAAUGAGCUAAUUAAACUUGUUGAUUUUUAAAAUGCUGUUUUGGCUUGUGGAUUGCAAUACGCAAUGUCUAUAUGUAUGUAUGUAUGUAUGUGUGUGUGUGAUUAAUGCUUUUGUGCUUAUGUUUUAAUAUUCUCACUUACUCCAUAUGAUAAAGAAGGGGAAAUAAGUCCGGUUUAACUUUUGUGAGACCACUCUGUUAUUCAAGAUAUUAUGGCAGUUGUUUUGCACACUACUUACGGUGAUUUGCCAAUUUUACUGAACUUUACAGAAUGCCCCAGAACGUGCUACAACUUUCUGGCACUGUGUGCGUCGGGGUACUACAAUAAAUGUCGCUUUUACCGCCACAUACCCGGUGUACUACUACAAACUGGCGACCCUAUCAACAGCGGAAAGGGUGGAAGCUCAAUUUUUGCACGCUAUCCAGCGACCGCUUCUUCUUCCGUACCUACAGAUUCUGAAACUGGUAGCGGCAACCCCAGAAAGACCGGAUUAGUUUCAAUAAAUGCACCUCAGUCUUUUUUUGAGGAUGAGGGGUUCGGUUUAACUUUUCAUAGAGCACGCGGUGUGCUCUCAAUGGCACACAAGGGCGCUAGAGGGGACACUAAUGCUUCUCAAUUCUUUAUUCUUUCGGCUCCGCAACCCGGUUUUGAUGGCAUGUAUACGGCCUUUGGACAGAUAGAUUUACUUGGCUGCUAUAAUUCACAGAUACGACAAGUAGUGGAUGGAAAUUCUUCUUCGUCCUUAAGGUCUGGGGAGGACGUACUAAAGCUUUUGGAAGACUCUGCAAAGGCGAAUGAUAAAUAUAUAGUCAAUGAAAACAAUAGUGUCUGCAUCAUCGAUACAACGGUACUGUACAAUCCCUUUGCUGAAGGCUCCUUGCUUGCCUAAAUGCAUCAUACAAAGGAAUGCAUUGUGAUUUUUUUUAGUG